AUGGAUUACAAUAUUCAGGAAAGAAAAAAAGGUUUUAAGAUAAUUAAACCAAUAAUUAUUGGAAAUAUAGCAAAACCAUUAGAUGAACCAAUUACUGAUACAAGUGGGAAAUCCCGUACCCAUGAAUGGACUAUUUUUGUUAAACCUUAUCUAAAUGAAGAUAUAUCAAAAUAUGUUAAAAAAGUUCAAUUUAAAUUACAUGAAAGUUAUGAAAAUAAUGUUAAAGUUGUUGAUAGUGCCCCAUUUCAAGUAUGUGAAACAUGUUGGGCUGAAUCAGAAGUAAUGAUAAAAAUAUUUUUUGUUGAUACAGCUGAGAAACCAGUAACAUUGUAUCAUUAUGUUAGGAUAAGAGAAGAUGGUGCAACUUUUGUUGGAAGUGAUGGAACUGUAGCAGCUGAACAUUAUGAUGAACUGAUUUUUAAAGAACCUUCAGCUCUUAUGGAACGUUGUUUAGUAGAAGCAGUUAAAAAAAAUGAACUUCACAAUAAUCAGUUUCGAACGAACUUUGAAGAUAUUAAAAGAAUACAAAUGGAUCAAAUAGUAAAAGCAAGGGAGACAAUUCGAAGAGAAAUAGAUGAUUUAAAAAAAAGUAUUAUUGAUGGACAGGAACUUUUGCGAAUAAAAUCUGAAGAAUUACAAAAUAUAUUAAAUUCUAAAGAAGAUGAGAUUGUUACCGUAAAACAAGAAGAAGUUAAAUAA